AUGCUUCGCCGGUCAAUCUGCAAGGUUCCGCGACGGGCUGAGUGGCCUAGUUCGGCCUGUCUGGUGCCCUCUUCAACAGCUCUUACUAUACGACGAACGUUACGAACAUCCGCGAGUCGAUUGAAUUCCGAAUCGUCAUCAGGAAACCAAGAUGCCUCUCCAUCUGAUGCGGCACCCGCAAAACCUAAGUUUGGCAGCCGAUGGGGCCCCAAAGCCACAACUCAGAAACCAGCUGGCCUAAGCGCCGCGGAACAAGCCGCACGAGAUGCGAUGGUCGCCGCGAGUCCAGCACCUCCCCCGAAACCCAUAAGUAUGUGGAAAAAAGCAGGUCCGCAGGCAGCGGCUCCAAAGCAAGCCGGGUUAAGUGCGGCGGAACAAGCAAUGCGCGACAAAAUUCUCGCCAGCAAGCCACCUGCUCCGCCCCAAAGCAGCCAGCCGGAACGAUCCAAUCAAUAUAGAGCACAACCUCGCGGACGCUUUGGAGACCAGCGGGAAAGGAAAGGCCACAUGGACGCCUGGCCAAGGCCAGACCAAGAUCAGAAUCCCUUCCAGCAGCGUAAUAAUUAUGGCGAUAACUGGGGGCGCAGUCCGCGAGAUCGAGGCUCUUUCCAGCAGCGCAAUCCUUUCCACCAACACGAACUACCUGAAGAGAACCCUUUCAUGGCACCGAAAGCUUCUAAUCGAGAUCAAACGCCGACGCAGAGAUACAGCAACCCCGGAAUGACACGCAUGGAUAAUCGUCAAUUAAAUUCCGCUGAAGAGUGGAGCUGCCCCUCGUGCAGGGCACAUGUUCUAUCAUACAAAGUCAAGUGUCCAUUCUGCAAAACAGAUAAGCCAGCAGAAGAUCGCCAAGAAUAUCCCGCAAGUGAAAGCAAACUACAGCAAUUGGGCAGGUCCAUUCUGUCCGAGAUGGACCAUGACGCGGAGCUUGACACAAAAUCCCACCGUGGAGAAACCAACAAUAUUAACGAUGCACCUGAAAUGGACGAGAAUGCGCCCCAAAAGCAAACAGUGCCUUGGGAUUUAUCUGCAUUGGACAACCUGGAAAGUCUAGAGCUUGGAACUUCGGAACAAGAGCAGCCUGGGAAGAAAGGGAAGCGCCGUGAUGGGCGCAAGGGACGCGAGUCCGACUUUGAAAAGGGAGACUUUGACACGGAGGCGCGAGAUCGCCUUCGCAACGAACGCAAGCAGCAGCAGAGAGCCAAGGCUGAACGCAAGGCUUUGAAGAAAGCAGAACCCGCCCCUCUUUACCUACCCGAAUUCAUCAGUGUCGGUAACUUGGCUGAUGUGAUUGGCGUCAAGCCGGCGCAGUUUGUGGCACGCAUGGAGGAAAUGGGCUUCGAGGAUAUCACCUACAAGGAUAUUCUUGAUGCAGAGACCGCUGGACUGGUGGCAGCUGAGUACAAUUAUGAGGCCAUCUUCGAUGACGGCGCAAACGACAUAGAGGCUGCCCCUGAGCCGGAGGAUACCUCUCACCUGCCUUCGCGCCCUCCCGUGGUGACCAUUAUGGGCCAUGUUGAUCAUGGAAAAACUACGAUCCUGGAUUGGCUGCGCAAGUCUUCCGUGGCGGCAUCUGAGCACGGUGGUAUCACCCAACAUAUUGGUGCAUUCUCCGUGAACAUGCCUGGUGGCAAGGCUAUCACCUUCUUAGACACUCCCGGUCACUCUGCCUUUUUGGAAAUGCGUCGCCGAGGCGCUGAUGUCACCGAUAUCGUGGUCCUCGUUGUGGCUGCAGAUGACAGUGUCAAGCCACAAACGAUCGAGGCUAUCAAGCAUGCCAACUCAGCCAAUGUUCCCGUUAUUGUCGCCAUCAGCAAAAUCGACAAAGAGGGUAAGAAUCCCGACAAGGUCAAGAGUGAUCUGUCUGCCCAUGGUGUUCAUGUUGAAGACUUCGGCGGUGACGUGCAAGCUAUCGGAGUCAGUGGUAAGACUGGAGUAGGAAUGGUCGAGUUGGAAGAUGCUAUCAUUGCACUUUCUGAGAUGCUUGACCAUCGCGCGGACACUGCCUGCAAUGUGGAAGGUUGGGUCAUCGAGGCUUCCACAAAGAGCUACGGCCGUGUUGCAUCGGCUCUGAUCCGACGCGGUACCCUUCGACCGGGUGAUAUCAUCGUCGCUGGUACUGCAUGGGCUCGUGUCCGCACACUGCGCAACGAAGCUGGUGUAUCCAUCGAUGAAGCUACGCCCGGAAUGCCUGUUGAGAUCGAUGGUUGGAGAGAACAGCCAGGUGCUGGCAAUGAGAUCCUCCAGGCACCAACCGAGCAGAAAGCCAAGGACGUCGUUGAGUACCGGUUGGAGAAGUCCGAUACCCAGAAAAUGGGAGUUGAUAUGGCCGCCAUCAACGACGCCCGGCGUGAAACUGCCGAGAAGCGCAGACUCGAGAAUGAAGAUGAAGAGGACGAGACCAGACGCAAGAACGCUGAGCCCACCGGACCCAAGCCGGUCAACUUCAUCUUGAAGGCCGACGUGGGUGGCUCGGCUGAGGCUGUUAUGAACUCUGUUACUGCAGUUGGAAACAACGAGGUAUAUGCCAACGUUCUUCGCUCGGGCGUGGGGCCAAUUAGUGAAUUUGACGUCGAACAUGCCGCCACCGCCAAGGGCAGGAUCAUCUCGUUCAACCAGCCUAUUGAUCCCCACAUCAUGCGGAUGGCCGAGGCCGAAGGAGUCCAAAUCAUGGACCACAACAUCAUCUACAAGCUGACGGAUGAAGUUAAGAGUAUUCUCAGCGACCUCUUGCCCCCAUCAGUCACUACUCGUGUGACCGGAGAAGCCGAGGUCCGCGAGAUCUUCCAAAUCACCGUUAAGGGACGCGAGAAGGUGACCAUUGCUGGAUCCCGUGUGCGCAACGGUAUGAUCAAUAAGACUCGUAAAGUCAGAGUGCUUCGUGGGGAGGAAACGUUAUACGAUGGCGCCAUUACUUCCCUCAAGAACGUCAAGAAGGACGUCACUGAAAUGCGUAAAGAUACAGAGUGUGGUAUCGGAUUCGAAGACUGGGCCGACUUCGCUGUUGGCGAUCGCAUCCAGUGCUAUGACGAGAUUUUCGAGAAGCGAUAUCUCUGA